AAAGGAUGGGAAGGAAAAAAGACUGUGUUCUAUCUCUCCUCUUUGUUCUUUCAUUCUUGGACAUUUGAGGACUGAGAGAUUUUUCCUGAGUGUUUCUUGAGCAGCACCUGCUACAUUGUGGACAGGAGUGAGUUUCUGGAAAACCAUGUGGGUCGAGCCAAUGGACCCGUCCUGAAAACUCAACAAGUUCAAGACCCAAGGACGAAAGAAGGUAAAGAGAGAACAGAGGAGAUGGAUCCAACUAUUCAUCACAAGUGAGAAGGCGAUAGGAGAAAAUUCGAUUUGAACAGGUGUCGCUUUGUGUUUCUGUCCUCAAGAAAAGUCUCCUAACAUUAAAGAGAAGCAGAAGAGACCUCAAACCUCAUAGACUGAGUGGUAGGUGCAGAUACUCGUUCAAGGUGCAGAUACUCGUGCAAGGUGCAGAUACUCGUUCAAGGUGCAGAUACUUGUGCAUGCAUCCUGCAGACAGAUGUUGUCGUAAGGUGAAACUGGGGUCAAAGCGUGAACGAGCUCCACUUGACUCUCUUCACACUGAGAGAAAACACUUUCAUCUAUAUAGAAAGAGCGUCAUGCGUGGCCUCCAUCUCAGCCGGGGGUUGCUGGUCCUUCUGCUGCUCUGCACCCUGUUGGUCGUCGCUGAUGCAGCCGGUGUUGCGAGCGCAGAACGAGGAGGAGCUGGAAGAAGCCAGAGAAGAGGAGGAGGAGGAGGUGCAGAGAAGAAAAAGAGGUUCCACCGCAUCCAACAUGGACAGUGCAGCUACACCUUCAUCCUGCCAGAGCUGGACGGAUGUCAGGCUGCAGGAUGGGCGUCACAGGCCGAACGGUACGGUGACUCUCGCAGGUCGAGCGUUGUGCAAAGAGACUCGCCACCUACUGACAGAGAAUGGUCGGCUCAGAAGCUGCAGCACCUGGAGAGCACGAUGGAGAACAACACGCAGUGGCUGCAGAAGCUGGAGAACUUCGUACAGAGACGAGACAUCACCAACAUACCGUCACACGUCGUGCACAACCAGACGGCUACGAUGCUGGAGAUCGGAACAAACCUCCUCACACGCACAGCAGAGCAGACACGCAAACUCAAUGUGGUGGAAGCCAAGGUGCUGAACCACACGUCUCGGAUUGAGAUCCAGCUUCUGGAGAACUCUCUGUCCACCAACAAGCUAGAGAAGGAGCUGUUACUCCAGAUGUCCGAAAUCAGUCAGCUGCGAGACAAGAACAGUCACCUGGAGAGUAAAGUUCAGAUGUUGGAGUCUCGGCAGAAAGGAGAGCUGGAGGACAUGAAGGAGCAGAAGAGCAGACUGCAGUCUGUUGUCAGGACUCAGAUGGCGGCGAUUGAAUCUUUGGAGAGGCAGCUGAGAGUCGCCAGCAGCAACAACACGGCUCUGCAGAGGCAGCAGUCUCAGCUGAUGGAGUCUGUCCACACACUCAUUAACUUGGUGGCCAGUACUACAGCGUCACCUCCUGGGAACCAGAUGUGGAGGAACUGUGCAGAUGCCUACAAGGCCGGUCACUCUGUCAGCGGAGUGUAUCACAUCUUCAUCGGCAACAGGACUCAACCUGUGCAGGUGUACUGUGACAUGGAGACGAGCGGCGGAGGUUGGACGGUCUUCCAGCGACGGUUUAACGGCAGCGUGGACUUCCAGAGGAGCUGGACGGAUUACAAGAUGGGUUUCGGGGACGUGUCGGGAGAGCACUGGUUGGGUAAUGAAGUUUUGUACCUGCUGACCAGUCAGGGUCAGUACUCUCUGAGGGUGGACCUGAAAGACUGGGAGGGAAACCCCGCCCACUCCCAGUACGACCGCUUUACACUGACCAGUGAGAGGCAGCAGUACAGGUUGUAUCUGAGAGGCUACAGCGGCACAACAGGGAGGCAGAGCAGCUUGACCACCCAUGGGACCAGCUUCAGCACCCGAGACCAGGACAACGACAACUGUGACCACUGCAAAUGUGCCCUGAUGCUCACAGGAGGUUGGUGGUUCGACGCCUGUGGUUUCUCCAACUUGAACGGUAUCUACUACACCAUCGGCCACAACAUCAGGAAGCUUAACGGUAUCAAGUGGCACCACUUCAGAGGCCCCAGCUACUCUCUGCACUCCACCUCCAUGAUGGUUCGACCCUACGACUUCUAACAGCACCCCUCAGCCUUCAUGAUGGAACAACCCAAUAACACCCUUUGAAUAUAUACCUUCCUGAGUAUGUGAGCACCCCUUGGCUCCAGGAUUAAGAUGGUGUACCCCCCAAGUCUACUACCUUGAUAGUCCACUCCGACUGCAUAUAACAACACUUCUUGGAUCCACAAGAGUACAAACAUGACUUAAACAGACAGUGAGAAUCACAACCAUAAUGGUACAGCCCACACGAGUCACAGACAUGGUUUGAAAGUUUUGCCGGAUAAGUUGUUUUAAGUAACCGGCCCCAGAUCCAGGAGGGUCGUAAAUGUGAUCCUCAAAAAAGAACCAGUUCAUUCAAAGGGGUUUCUGAAUCACCACAGUCGAUGGCGGUACGAAAUGCAGACCGUCAUUGAUGGAGCCAGUUGCUCCAAACAGACGUUCAUAGUGUUUCUACAAGUGAAAGGUGACAGAAAUAAUUGUGAAAAACUGAGAAUCAGCAAAACAGUGAAACCCCGCUGACUUUCUCUGGCCAACGAUGGCACGAAGUAAAGGCAUCAAAGUAUCUGUGAACGCCACUAAUCCACUGUUCCAAAGCUUUUCCUCCAUCUGAUGAGAAGUUCCCAUGGCAGCUACAUGGUACAGAUCUUUCUGACUUUGGAGCAUCUCGACUUCAACAUAUCUCUGCAGGUUGUUUUCACGAGGACAAUCCCCUGUUUACCUUUUCCCGCAUCUGGAGAAUCCUUCUGUUUGGGAACCAGGGGUCAUCCUGCUUUUGUGAUUUUCUGUUGGCAGAAGAUCGUAUCCACUGCAGUGAAACCUCUCUCUCUAAUGGUGUCGCACCUUUUGACGAAAACUAAAAUGCAGAGGCCAGCAAAGAUGCUUGUGCUGCCCACAAGCCCCAGAGGAGAACAUGAAAUGAGGAGGUUGUGCAGAACAGAGCGUCUCUCUGUCCCACAGUCACAGUUCUGAAUAUCUCCAGAGGUCGAUGCUACAUGUCAUCACACCAAGGAGGCUUCCAGUCUGAGGAAUGAACUGGUUGACCAGGAGUUAAUGAAGACAUGAAGACUAAAAGAGUGUCAGUUGUCAGUUGGAUAUUUGACUGUGAUGCUGAAGUCUAUAAGAAGUUAACAGGGUACGAGAUUGGGCAGGAAAAGAUCUAUGAAAUCUCUCAUUAUGUUUUCAGGAACAAUUAAAAGACUUUUAUCACGAAAUGAGAGACCGUCCUGUUUCAUGAACUGGAAAUGUGUCCGCCUGAUUCAAGGACCUGAAGUGAUUUAAAGUCAAGUUAAAGAAGCUGCAGUGACUGACAGUUGUUUCUUUCUUCUUUAUAAUAAAUUGAAAGAGUAUUUUCCCCCAAAAAAAUGUCAAACUAUUUCUUUAAAAACAUGUCUCACUCAUGUUGAUCAAACUCUACUUUAGAAUUUGACAUUGUGGUGAAGCAGAUCUGUGACAGUGGUGGUCGAUGAUACAGUUUCAUAUAUGAAGCCUCUGCAGGUUUUACAGGUUGAGACGUCACAUGUUUAUUUGCCAGAAUACAGAAGUCGUAUUAAAAUGCACUUUAUGAAAGAGAGCAUGAGUGUUUGUUUUGACCUUUGCCCUCAGUGUUACUGUGUACUGUGUGUUGAAUGAUACUGCAAACAUUAUUAAAUUACACUUAUUUUACAGGGUUGAAUUAGUUUUUUUAUUUUACUGCAUAUGUGUUACAAAGCUUGUCCACUCAAUUGUAAACUGUUUAUUUUGUACAAUAAAAUAUGUCAAUAA